CGGGAACCAUGGGCGGGCGGGGUUCGGGGAGGAGGCCGAGGCAGCAAGAUCUUCCUCCCACACGUAUCCUCUCACUUUCCUUUCUCACGCCCAGUCAUCUUCCAGACAUCCUUGUGUGUGGUAGAGGCGACGUCCGGUCUACCCAAACUGCUACUGUAGUGAAGGACUUUGGUGUAAUUGAGGGCCUGUGAUGUUACUGUAGCGUACGGGAGAGAAGUGAGAGCCAUGGACAUACGUAUAAUCAUUUUCCUGGUGGCAUGGUGCGCGUGGGUGACUCCUUCCAAGCUAGACUCCCAGGUACCUGCGUGUCCUUCAAGGAAUUCAUGUCAGCUGCGUAAUGUCUCCGAUUAUACCGCUGACAUUCAAGAUCCGUGUUAUUGCGACGCUCUCUGCAACACAUACGCCGACUGUUGCCUUGAUGCAGAGUACAGGAACGCGAGCCAGCAGAAAAUCGACAGGCACAGUGACUUCUGGUGUAGCACUUUUGGUGGUGAGACCUUCCCGUCCUACGUGAAGCAGGCUAAGUGUAAGGAGGGAUGGACCGAAAGGAAGGCAGAGGCUCUGUGUCUAAGGGAUAACACGUACACUGACCCCCUCUCUGGCCUAUUAGUAACCAGCAGAAUCAGCGGCAUCACUUACCAGAACUAUUACUGUGCCAUCUGCAACGAGGACAUCCUGGACCUCAGAAUGUGGAAAGGUAAGCUUUCCUGCAAUGUGCCUCGUGACGCAAAAGUUAACCUAACGGACUUACAAUUCAACGGUGAUGCAUGGGGCGUCUUCUAUGGGAGCCCCGAGGAUGGGGAUUUCCGUACUUGCUCCCUGGAAGCGGAACGCCCCCAGGAUAUAAAGAAUCUGACGAGAAUAUGUCCUUCCUCUUCCGCAAUCACGACGUGCCCUGAUGGCUGGCCUGACCAGGAGGUGGCGGCGCAGUGCCAGUCCUACACCGCAGUGGUAUAUUACGACUGGAAGACGUACCGGAACCCUCACUGUGCCCUCUGCAACAACAGGACGGAUUACUAUACUUGCAUUCCACCGCACCCAUCCAUUGCUUUCGGCAAAGCUAGUCCAGGUGUUAGAUUUGGGCCAGUGUCUUUCGCCCAAAUAUUAGAUUUCGCCGACGACAACAACUUGGUGGGUUCCUCGUCACCCUGCAGUCUCACGCAGGUUUGGGAUCCAUUCUUUAAGCGGUGCAGGAGCAUCGUGUGUUCCAAGCCUCACCAGGACUAUAGGUACGGAGAAUGCGAGGACGUGAGAGAUGUUGAUUUAACAAGUAAUUACACGGCAUCCAAUGAGGCUCCUCCCUCGACGAACUUCACGUCAGAGUUCCUAGAGUGCCACAAGGUCGUCCUCAUGGAAGGGGAGUUCCUUUUCCUGGACAACGGCAGCGCAUACAUUGCGGAGUAUGAUCGCUCCUACAGCCCGGGGGAAUAUGCGGGCAGCGGCGAAGGAGGCCUGCUGGUUUGCCUGCAUGACGACGCCUUAGAUUCUUCGCGCAAGUUUUCGGCGGUGCUCGGGUGGGUGUCCCUGGCGGGCCUGGGUUUGUCAUGCACGGCCCUGCUGCUACACCUGGCAGUCUUCGCUCUCUUGCCAGAGCUGAGGAACCUGUCUGGCAAAAACCUGGCGUCACUGAGCUUGGCGCUGCUGGCCGCCUAUGUCACCUUCAUGGUGAACACGGUCCUGCGGCCCGGGCCCUCUGGCUGCCUCGUGCUAGCCGCCGCCAUGUAUUACUUCUUCGUCACUUCCUUCACCUGGAUGAAUGUCAUCGCCUUCGACGUGUGGUACAGCGUCCACCUCACCCAGCGCCAGCUCCGGGUAUCCACCGGCGGCCAGUGGCGGCGGUUCAUCGCCUACUCCCUGUACAGCUGGCUGCUGCCGGCCGCUGCCACGCUGGCCCUGCUGCUGGUGGACCAGUUCGAGCCCCACGGAGUGCCUGAGGACUUCCUUCCCCGCCUGGGUCGGACGUGGUGCUGGUUCUCCCAUCGCAAGGCGCUGCUGGCGUUCUUCGCGGCGCCCAUGGUGGUCAUCAUCGUGGUGAACUGCGUCCUCUUCGUCAGCACCGCCGCCAUAAUUACGCACGCCGGCAGCACGGCGGCGGCCACCUCGGCGCGGGGCGGCUACCAGCAGGGCUACUACAAGGUGUACCUGCGGCUGGCGGUGCUGAUGGGCUUCACCUGGGUGACCGGCAUCGCGGCGGGCUACCUCUCCCUGGAGCCCCUCUGGUAUGUCUUUGUGAUGCUCAACACACUACAGGGCGUCUUCAUCUUCCUCGCCUUCACCGUCAGGACCAGGGUGUGGCAGGGCGUGGGUGCCGCCAGCCGCAAGCUGCUGCAGCGAGGCCUGUCCAGAGUGACUCGCCGCCCACCGCAGCUCAACAAUCACGCCUUCGAGCUGAGUCAGACGCCCGAGCACAUCUCCUCCUUCACCCCCACCACCUCCCUGGCAACUACUGAUGAUACAACACCUCCCACGACACAUCCCUGACCUGCCACGGCCGCGGAGCAACAUGGCGGCAGUCUUGACAUUGCAAACAGGUAAAAAAAACGCUUAUUGGCCAGGCCUCUGCACGACUUGCUGCCGAUAGUUCAUCUGUCCGGCCUCUGCAGUGUGUCAGCAUGUCAGCAGGCCACAGGGCGGCAGGUGACCGCCGCAACACUGCGAGGAGGCCCGCCACACAGGACCCGUCGCAGUCUUGCAGCUCACCAGUGUUCGUUAAGCCAAAACACUGGAGACAAUUAUUGUUAUGUAUAGUAUUUAUUUUUGUAACUAACCCGUAUAUGCUCACCUGUAAAUGUCCCGUGUUAAUCAUAAAAACAUUAUCAUUAACAGAGCUUUAAUAUUCAAUAUAAUGUACAAAUGCUCAAUUAUUUAUUAUUCAAUGUGCUGCACAAAUAAUCAAUGGGUAUUGCCUGAAAA